GUUAGAGGACUUGGGUUCAAUCCUUGCCGCGACACUUGAAGUUUAUUUUACGGGUACCACCUUUUGCGAGGAAUUGAAGUGACUAAUCCUCCAAGAGUAAUUCUUGUCAUGGAAAGUGUUUUCUUAAAUUCACCGUUCGGAUUCGGCAUAAAACCUAAAUGGAAUUGAUUCAGAAAGGAAAGAACUUUCGCUUGGUUCUACAAUCUGAAUUACCGGACAUUUUAAGGUUUUUGGAUAGAUAUCUUCCGGAAUCACUUAAGCUUCAUCAAACUAUUAAACUCUGUAUAAACAAUCCAAUUUGGGGUUUUCUGUUUUAUGUUUCAAAAGAAUGGCCUGAAAAACCAGUUAUUAUUCAGUUCCCAGGAUGUACACUUUCGCCUGACAAAAAUAUUUACCAAAGUUUUUCAAUAUUUUGCCCACUUAGUAAUUUGAAAUAUGUAGAUCUUGUGACAAAUGAGGACAUCCUAAUAAACUGGAAAAAGCCAAUGUACCUUCAUUUUACACACACGACUAUUGUUAGUCGGCUUAAUGAUUUUUACAGGACAUUCGGUACUAUGGAGGAGCUUGUAUGCGAUAUUCUUAUUUUAAAUGAUUUAAAUGUUAAUUUGGAAAUUGAAGAUUUUCCAAAUGAUGAAGCCGAAAUACGUCUGCUUAAAGUGGAAGAUGUUAAACUUAUCCAUGAACAUUAUCCUGCAAAGCAAAUAGAAAGUGUUGAGCUAUUUGAAGUAUUAGUACAAAAACUACCAGCACUAGGAAUUUUCAAUAAGAGUUCAAAUGAGCUGGCUUCUUGGAUGCUUUGUUCAUAUUACGGAGCUAUGUUUUCAAUGCAAACACUUCCAAAGUAUCGACGCAAAGGAUAUGGUAUUCAAGUCGCGAAAGCUCUCACCAAACGUGUUAUCGAAUGUGACUUAGUGCCUUAUGUUGCUGUUCUUCCCCAUAAUGCUGCCUCUCAAAAUCUUUACCGAAAACUUGGAUUUGAAAAUGCAUAUCAAAUGAGUCGAGUUAAAAUGACACCACAUCCAUUUCUCAAGUAAUAUGAAUUAAGAACACCAUGAGAUUUAGAUGUAAAUAAAUAAACAAAAAGAAAUA